GUAGACCGCACAAGAAGAAGAACGCUUCACGGUGGAAGGCAAUAUGGCUGCGCGCAUGAAGUAACAAGUCCACUAACAUUUUGUACGAUAACAUCUGAACAAGUUGUCUCUGACAGGUAGCAGCCGGAGGACGGACAAAAGGACAGCCUAGAAGAAGCUCGCCGCACACACAGACACCAUGUCCAAGAUUUCGAAGGCGGCCAAGGCAGUGAAGAAGCUGGACACGGGCAACCUGAUCCGGGCCAUUGUGAGGUCAGGCCAGGCCGCCCCAGGCCCGCCGCUCGGCCCUAUUCUGGGACAGAAAGGCAUCCCCAUCGGCCAGUUCUGCAAGGACUUCAACGACAGAACCAAAGACCACAAAGAAGGCAUUCCCCUCCCCGUCAAGAUCAACGUGAAGCCUGACCGAACGUACGACUUGAAGAUUGGUCAGCCUACGGUGUCAUACUUCCUCAAGCAGGCCGCCGGCAUCGAGAAAGGAGCUGCCAGAACCGGACACGAAAUGGCUGGUAAGGUGUCUGUCAGAGCAGUGUAUGAGAUUGCACAGGUGAAAGUCCAGGACGAGUGUUUCAAGAUGCAGGACGCUUCUCUCGAGCACGUCGUGAAGAGCAUCAUCGGCUCGGCGCACUCCCUGGGAAUCCAAGUCGUCCACGAUCUAUCAGCGGAGGAGUACAGGGAGUUCCAGGAGGCGCGAGAGGAGAGGCUGAGAGAGGAGGCCUCCGCCGCCGCCGCUGCAGCAGCCGCUCUAGGCAAGAAGAAGUGAAGACACGACGGCGUCUCCCCCGGCUCCCCGCCGCACUGUACAUACCCACUCCACCGCACGCUUGAUUUCAUUAUGAACACAAUAAACGGGACGCUGUUGCCCAGGA